AUGCUGCAUGAUAUGGAAACGCCUCCCCUCCAUCCCCCCCCGCUUCAUAGCAGCGUUAACCGGACAAAGGCGCAUACUAAUUUCACUAGCCAAACCAUGGCGGACGACCCACAGAAGGGGAGAGACAAAGAGCGGGACAGUAUGAUCUUCAAGCCGAACGGAGAGCACAUGUUUAGUAGCACGAACGGUCUGAUCACACAGUCGAACGAAAACGUUGCAGCCGAGGAUCUGUUUCUCCAAAAAAAUAUUUUUCGAGAUGUACAACAGAAGGUGACUAGUGGGCCGAUAAAAACGACGACGAUAGAAAAGGUUACCAAAAUACCCAAAGUGGUUUUUAGGGAGAGAUUAAAGGAUAAAGUCGUGAAGGAAAAAAAAAUUAUCACGAAGGAAGUAGAAAUAGAGCAAAUCAUUGAUGUGAUAGAAAAUAAGGAAGAAAUUAUUUACAACGAAGUGAAGGUACCAACAUAUAUUGAUGUCCCUGUAGUACAUCCAAGGCAGGAGGUAUACCACACGGAGAUUUUAAAAAACAUACCUAAAGGGAUCGAGUUGUUAGUGACACAACGGUUAGAAGUGCCAAAGAUAAAGCCUAAGUAUGUCGAAGUUCAGGUACCCAUUUAUGUCCCUUGCUAUAUAGAAGUACCCAUACCUGCUCAAUAUAUUCCUAUCCCAAAAGGAGAAAAGAAAGACCAUUUUACAUGUGGAAUAAAUAAGGACAAAAAAAUUUAUUAUGAAAAUCCGGUGGUUUAUAAUAACCCUUUAAUGCGUAGUGCUCUACAAUCAGAGACCAUCCAGGGGAACUACAAUCAUCAUCUUAACUUAAGUGGAAAAUGUCAUCUCGAUGGGGGGGACAACAAAUCGGAGGCUAUUUACUCCUCCAAAAGCUCUGUGCAAAACUUGGCCGUGGAACAAAGCAGCCUAGAUAAUCUGGUGGCAGCGGGGGCGCAAUAA